AUGCAAUGGUCAGGUGUAGCUGCAUGUAUCUCUUGCCAGGUCCAAACUGUCAGCGCUCUCAAGUUUCAAGUCUUUCGUACAGUGUCUGGUAUCCAUCAUCCCAAAAACACCGUCUGUUCAGACUGCCCUUGCGAGUAUUCACCACAGGAGUUGCGGAAGACCACUUGCAAGGACUUCUCCACGUACCAGGAGGCGAAGGCCUGGUACGACAGAUAUUUCCCGCAGUUCGGGGACGUGGCUGGCCUGGAUGGCGACAAAGACGGCAAGCCAUGUGAGAAGCUACUGAAAAGCAAGCAGCUCUUUAGCUGGAAAGCGCUGCCGCUCAAUGAGCUGCGGAAGGAGUGCCACGAUGCCGGAAUCUCGCAUCGCUCCAUGGGCGUAUCGCUUUCUGACGAGGACAAAAAGGGCGAACUGGUUGACCGUCUCAUUCUUUUCAGGUGGGCAGAGCAUUGGGGCGCUCAGUAUCCCGUGAAUCGAUUCGGGACCAUCCGCUCAGCCAACAACUUCGUCGAGACGAUGCAGCGACUGGUUGGCCGGGAAGUAGGACUGCAAGCCGAGCUCGCAACAGUGUCCGGUUUGCCUCAAGAGGCUUUCGGAACGAUGACACGUCAGGAGUUGGUUGAAAACAUCAAGAAGGUGCUGCUCUGGAAGGAGCUGCCGCUUGAUGAUUUGCAAGAAGAGUGCUUGCGACUCUCUUUAUCGUGGAGAGUGGACCAGGCUGGAAAACUUGUGAUUUUAUUUGCAUUGGGUUCCUGCUGUGUUUGGCGUAAUGUAUUCAAACGAAAUGUUACACGGUCGCUGCAGGAUGGGCUUUCAAGCCACCAGCAGCAGCAAGAGCUCUGCGAGCGCUUGGUGGGACCCUCAGUUGCGGCUAAGUUGUUGGAUCAUUUUGGGCUCCAGUGUUUAAAGCUCCUUGAAGGUCCAAUUACUUCAGUUUUGGCCGUGGCGCAUGUCGAAGUUGUGGCUGCUAGAGCCCGGUUGUAUGCCAGGACGAGGUUCUAG